CGCAAAUCACAAGUGCUGUAUUUGGGUAGUUUCUAGAGGACCUCCGUGGGAGAGAAAGAAAAACACAAGUCUGUGAGGUACAGAAGAACCCUAGAAAUGGCGAUGUCUUUUGCCCGGUGGAUCGUAGACCCGAAGAAGAACCCUCUGGCUGCCAUGCACAGGAAAUCUCUCGAUUCUCGCCUCCGGAAAUACGGGUUGAGAUACGAUGAUUUGUACGAUCCGAUGUACGAUCUGGACAUCAAGGAAGCCAUGAAUAGGCUGCCAAGGGAAAUUGUUGAUGCCCGGAACCAGCGCCUCAAACGCGCCAUGGACCUCUCCAUGAAGCAUCAGUAUCUCCCCGAUGAUCUUCAGGCAAUGCAGACACCUUUCAGAAGCUAUCUUCAGGAAAUGUUGGCUCUUGUGAAAAGGGAGAGUGCAGAACGCCAGGCUCUGGGGGCUCUACCGCUCUAUCAGCGCACGCUUCCUUGAGGGUUUGGUGAAGCUUAAACACGGUUCAGAUUUGGUAUCUUCUAAGGCCAUGUGUUAUGGGGGGACUUGCCAGGGUGUAAAGAUGUAUGAUGUGGAGUGAUGAAAAAUAUGUGUUAUGGUCAGUGUGAAGGAAUGUGAUGUAGUAAGAAUUUGUAUAAAAUUUUGAUUGAUUAAAAUUAGAAGGAAAAGAAAAGUUGGGGGCAAUG